AUAUAAUUGGAAAACGUCUUCAAUCUUCUACUAUAUAUUUUUCCUUAUAAGAAAACAAAUAAAAUAACGCAUCGCAUCUCCAGUUCCAUUUACCUUUCAACAAAACCAGUAAUGGAAGAGCUCAAGCCUAAACCAGCUAACUCAUCUCCAUUAACGCCGCUUACCUUCCUUGAAAGAGCAGCCACCGUAUACGGCGAUUGCAUUUCUAUCGCCUACAACACCACCACCUACACCUGGUCUCAGACGCAUACACGAUGUCUCCGUCUUGCAUCUUCUCUCUCAUCCUACGGUUUCACCGCCGGCCAUGUGGUUUCCGUUAUUUGUCCCAAUACUCCUCCUAUGUACGAGCUUCAGUUCGCUAUUCCCAUGGCCGGUGCAAUUCUCAACAAUAUCAACACGCGUCUCGACGCGCGUACUAUAUCCAUCCUCCUGCGUCACAGCGAAUCGAAGCUCGUCUUCGUUGAUUGCCUCUCCCGUGAUCUUAUUCUGGAAGCUAUCGCUCUGUUUCCGUCUGAUUUAAAACGGCCUAAACUCGUUCUCAUCGUCGAUCGGGAUGAGGCCCCCGAGUUUUCAUCUUUGACCGUUGAUUUUUGGUGCAGUUAUGAAAGUAUGGUGGAGAGAGGUGACACAUCAUUUAAAUGGGUCCGGCCGUUAAGCGAGUGGGACCCGAUGAUAUUAAACUACACAUCAGGCACAACUUCAUCUCCUAAAGGCGUAGUACACUCUCACAGAGGUAUUUUCAUCAUCACCGUUGAAUCUUUGAUUGAUUGGAAUAUUCCUAAUCAGCCUGUUUAUUUGUGGACCCUACCGAUAUUCCAUGCAAACGGAUGGAGUUUCCCGUGGGGCAUGGCGGCUAUUGGUGGGACCAAUAUCUGCAUCCGUAAACUCGACGCAUCAACAAUCUACGGCUUGAUUAAAAGACACGGUGUCACUCACAUGUGCGGCGCACCGGUAGUCCUAAACAUGCUAACAAACUCACCCAGUAGUGAACCUCUGCAAAAGCCAGUUCAUAUUUUAACAGCCGGAGCUCCACCGCCAGCAGCGGUGCUACUCAGAACUGAGUCACUGGGUUUUGUAGUGAGUCACGGGUACGGGUUAACCGAAACGGCAGGGCUUGUAGUGUCGUGUGCUUGGAAAAAGAAAUGGAAUGCACUCCCGGCAAGUGAGCGAGCUCGAUUAAAAUCAAGACAAGGAGUGAAAAUCGCCGGAUUAACAGAAAUAGAUGUGAUCGAUCCUAAAACAGGAUUGAGCGUUAAAAGAGACGGAUCAUCACUCGGUGAGAUAGUCCUAAGAGGCGGUUGUGUAAUGUUAGGUUAUUUAAAAGACCCAGAGGGUACUGCCAAGUGUAUGAAAGACGACGGAUGGUUUUACACCGGCGACGUCGGCGUGAUGCACCCGGACGGUUACUUAGAGAUUAGAGAUAGAUCCAAAGACGUGAUCAUCAGCGGCGGAGAGAAUAUAAGUAGCGUGGAGGUGGAGUCGGUGCUGUAUAGCCAUCCGGCGGUUAAUGAAGCGGCGGUGGUGGCGAGGGCGGAUAAUCAUUGGGGGGAGACGCCGUGUGCGUUCGUGAGCUUGAAAGAUGGAGUGGGGAAAGUGAGUGAGAAGGAUAUAAUAGAGUAUUGUAGAGGGAAAAUGGCUCACUAUAUGGUGCCUAAAACGGUGGUGUUUAAAGAUGAAUUGCCGAAAACUUCGACGGGGAAGAUUCAGAAGUUCGUGCUUAGAGAUAUUGCUAAAGCUAUGGGUGCUUCUAAGGUCAGUAGGAUGUAGAAUUGAGUUGAGUCGGUCGAGUUAGGUUUGGUAUUUGUGUUUAGGGAUUAAUAAAAGUCAAACCAAAUCAUCAAUCUAACUUGGGUUAUCAACCACUUAAUAAAUCAGAUCAAAUCCAAGUUUAUAUUGA